AUGACGACCUCUUCUGCUGUUUAUAUACACCUUCAACAAUGGACGGACUACCCAGAUCAAAGCAUGGUGGCACAGGUGAUGAGGAUGGCUGGAAUGGGGUACCGCCAGACUUGCGGCUUCGAAAUUCCCCUGCAUGGAUUCGAAGAGAACAGACAUGGUAUCAAGGAGGAGGUGAGGCACCUCAAGUUCUGCAAGUCCAAAACUCCUCGACUCCUAGGCAGGCUUGCCGAAUAG